UUAUAAAAGAUACUCAUGAAAGAGGUGUUUACUUUCAAAGUUUUUAGUAAAAUGUCAGUGAAGUUUUUUUGACUUUAUAUAUAUUAUUUUAAGGAAAUAUUUCGGUACAAAUACUUCUUGAAGAACAAUGACGACAUGUUCUAAGCAAAAAUUAUACUUCUCAAUUGCUGCUGCCGCGUUUAUGUUAGUUUUAUUUUUUACUGUUCGAGAAAAGUAUUUUGAUAGUACCAAUUCACUUAGACCUGUUUUCCAUUCAAAUUUUAAUACAAGAAGAAAACUAGAUAUAAAUAAUAAAAAGGCUAUAUCAAAUUUAUGGGGUUUUUUAUCAUUUGGUAACAAAGAAUUGGAAGUUCCAAGUAAACAAAACGUCUGGGAUUUAUGGAUGAAUGAACAUCCACAGUUAACAUCGAUUGGAGAUAUAUACGAUAAAUGCGAUAACCAAACACGAAACAAAGUUGGAAAGGUUGUGUUGGAACCAAAUGGUAAAGAUUCUGUUCAAGUUAUCUCUUACACAAAUCAAUCUUACAAGUUUGAUAUCACCAAAGCAACUAGCCAUAUGAAAAUAUAUUUUGAUGGGGAUUUACUCUACGAAUAUGAUUACGAUGUUUGCGAACAAAUUGAACUACUAGAAACGCCUUAUCAUUGUCCGCUACAUUCAGGAAAAGAACUUAUUAUAAGAAGUGAAACUAAGAUGCCAAGUUACAUACCAAAGGGAAGGUAUACUGUUGAGGUAUCAGUAAAAAAUCAGGACAACGCUGAUAUUGGCUGUACAUUUGUUGAGUUCAAAACAGGACGCGAAGAGAACAAAUUAAAGUUUUGAACAAACAACCACUUUGAAAAAAAGAAAAAAAGAAAAAAUGAAAAAAAAAACACUUAUUGAAAUGAUAUUCAUUUACGAAUGGACAUUUCAAAUAAAAUUGUUUUAUAAGAUGGAAUUACCGAAUGUUGCUAGAAAAGAUGUCACGUUAAUGUUUAAAAUUCCAACGAUGUUACAAGUCUUGUUUUAAUUUAUGUAUUUAUAUAUAAAAAUUAUAGUGUAUUA